AUGCCUACCAGACUGACCAAAACCCGCAAGCACCGCGGCCACGUCUCCGCCGGUCACGGUCGUGUCGGCAAGCACCGCAAGCAUCCAGGUGGUCGUGGUAUGGCCGGUGGUCAGCACCACCACCGCACCAACAUCGACAAGUACCAUCCUGGUUACUUCGGAAAAGUUGGUAUGCGAUACUUCCAUAAGACGCAGAACCAGUUCUGGAAGCCCACUAUCAAUCUCGAAAAGCUCUGGUCGCUCGUCCCUCAAGAGACCCGCGAGGCCUACAUCUCAAAGAAGAAGACCGACACCGCGCCUGGCCGGAUACCAGAGAUCCCAAUCGUCGUCCGUGCGAGAUAUUUCAGCAAGGAGGCUGAGCGCAAGAUCAAGGAAGCUGGCGGUGUCGUCGAGUUGGUCGCAUAA